AUGCCGCCCUCCAGAGAUCCAGAGGAACUGAAAAAGGUGUUUGUGAGCCAAUUGGGCGAGACACAAUGGGACGAGACGUGGGAGAGCAUUGCAAAACUCAGCCCCGAUCUGUUCGAGGCCAGCAUGAACCUCAUCCCGGUGCCUCGAAAGAAGAAAUACCUCUCGGUGAAAGUGCAGCAACUCAUGUCUAUCGCUGUGGACGCCGCCUCCACCCACCUCUACCUGCCCGGGGUCAGGAAACACAUUGAUGCAGCACUGCAAGAGGGCGCCACUCCGGCCGAGAAAAUUGAGGUGAUCGAGCUGACGGAGACCCUGGGCAUUCAUGCCUGUAACAUUGGAGUUCCCUUGUUGGUUGAAGUGAUGAAGGAGGAGGGAGUCUACGAGCAACAUACUACUGCAGGGAAGCCAUUCGAUGAGCAACGCGAAAUGCUCAAGGUCGAAUUCACCAAGAAUCGAGGCUACUGGCACCCUUUCUGGGAGGACUUUCUGGCCUUGGACCUAGAGAUCUUCGAGGCCUAUUUGAAUUUCUCGUCGGUCCCAUGGCUGAAAGAUGUCGACGGCUCCGGGAAAGGCGGUGGUGCUCUAGACCCCAAGAUAGGUAUGUCUCUACCCCCUCGUCGAUAUGAAAGCAGCACUUAA